GUUCUGGUCGAAGGAAAGGAGGAAGGCUCCCAGUCCAGAUCAUGUAGGCAGAGAGUCAGGAGUCAGAACUCAGGACAGGACAGGAGAGGAAACUUUGCUUUUGUGGGUGCAACUUCCAAAUGACUUUUUCUUUCUCUGGAUUAACCAAAUUAACCCCCCAGGAGGAGAUUUAAUAAAAAACAAAGACCUAAUGCACAUGUGGGAAGGUUGGAUUGGGAUUGUCUCGCGCGCAGUUUCCGGAUCUUUACUGCUCUAGUGGAAUUUUUUUUCUUCACUAUUUCUUCCUCUUGUUUUCUUUUUCUCCCUGAAACCUGUUUCUUGUGAUUGAUCCAUUGGUUUUCUUCCACGGGAUGAAAACAGACACACAAGGCUGAAGCGUCUGUGUUUGCACGCUGAAGGAGUCGAGCGCCGCAGCUCGAGUUCAACACGGCCACUUCCUGAUGAUGACAGUAAACAUGGAUGACGGUCUUCACAAUGGACCCGGACAACACAGAAACAUGCAAGAUGAUGAGGAGGCUCUUAACUCUAUCAUGCAGGACCUGGCAGCCCUGCGCUGCUGUUACCAGCUCAACAGCAGCACCAGCCACAAACCCAAGAGCAGGACCUCCAGCUACAGACAGGAUUUGCGCGUGAAGCUGGAGCAUGAGCGAGAGAAACGGAUCAUUCCUUUCCAGAGGCCGCUGAAGUUCAGAGAGCUUCUGCAGAAAGUCACGGAGGCCUUUGGUCAGCACAUGGACCUUUACUGCACUGACAGAGAGACGCUCGUAGCUCUAAAGUGUCAGGAGGAUUUGGACCGAGCCGUGUCGAGUUUGAGCUCCGGUUCAGGAACAAAGGGUGUGCUGAGAAUUGUGCUGAAAACCCCUACUAACAACCACUUCCUGCAGGUGAACAGCAGAGAUAAGCAGAGUGAGAUGAGGUCGUCUCGGUCUUUGGGAGACCUGAAAGGUUCUUUGCUCAAAGGAUCCGAACGAGUGCGCAAACACUCCACAGGCUCUCUGCACACUGGGAGGAGUUCCCCACCGCCGGGCAGCGUGCCCGAGGAGCAGCAGCAGAUUGCACGCCAGGGCUCCUACACCAGCAUCCAUAGCGAGGGAGAGUUUAUCCCUGAGACGCCAGAUCCCAACGUCAUGGACCCUUUCGGAAGUGCCGAUGGUUCGCUUUCUAGCAGCUGCCAGUCUCUGGACCAAGCUCUGGACAGUCCUCCGUUCUCCCAGAACAACCGCGACAACAAUUACCUGAACCUCAACUACGACUAUAAAGGCCGACACGGGAAGCACGGGACUUUCCCAAGGCAGUUCCACUUAACCAAUCGCAGCAAGGACUACGGUGACGGUCGUAGCACAUUCCCACGCAGCUUCAUGCCACAGGAGAACCUGUUCCAGCUGGUGCCAUCGAGCCGCACACGCAGCUACAACGGAGACAGCACGCUGCCGUACAGUGGAGACCUGCACUCGCUCGGCUGGAGCGAAAAAAGCAGCCAGCGCAGUACUGCUAAAUCGCCGCGGGCACCAGUGAACUGGCGUCAAGGGAAGCUGUUGGGGCGUGGAGCCUUCGGCGAGGUUUACCUCUGCUAUGACGCUGACACGGGUCGAGAGCUUGCUGUUAAGCAGGUGCCCUUUGACCCUGAUUGUCAGGAGACCAGCAAGGAAGUGAACGCACUUGAAUGCGAGAUCCAGCUGCUGAAGAAUCUCCGUCACGAGCGCAUUGUGCAGUACUACGGCUGCCUGCGUGACCCCGACCAGAGGAAGCUGUCCAUCUUUGUAGAGUUCAUGCCAGGGGGCUCGAUAAAAGACCAGCUAAAGGCGUACGGUGCUCUGACCGAGAAGGUGACACGCAGAUACACCAGACAGAUCCUGCAGGGAGUCUUCUACCUCCAUAGCAACAUGAUCGUCCACCGAGAUAUCAAAGGUGCUAACAUUCUGAGGGAUUCCUCCGGAAACGUGAAGCUGGGAGACUUCGGCGCCAGUAAACGCAUUCAGACCAUCUGCAUGUCAGGCACAGGCAUUAAAUCAGUCACUGGCACCCCCUACUGGAUGAGUCCUGAGGUGAUCAACGGAGAAGGUUAUGGGCGCAAAGCUGACGUUUGGAGUGUAGCUUGCACGGUGGUGGAGAUGCUCACCCAGAAGCCACCAUGGGCCGAAUACGAAGCGAUGGCGGCCAUCUUUAAAAUCGCCACUCAGCCUACGAAGCCCAACCUGCCUGAGGGCGUAUCGGACGCAUGCCGGGAUUUCCUACGCCAGGUCUUCGUGGAGGAGAAAUGGCGUCCCACUGCAGAGGUGCUGCUCAGCCAUCCGUUCGUCCAGGGCGGCUUCUGAUGCAGUCCGGAGCCUGAAAUGCCCGGAGAUGCCCCCUGUGCUAGUCCACUUCUGCCCACUAACGAUCACCACUCUGCCUUGGUCCGGGGGAAACUGGCGCGUGUUCCAGCGCACACAGAACAAAGCAGACUCCUCAGCAAGGGCUGUGAAUCUCACAGUGUGACAUUCCCACUACACACACACACACACACCCAUAUACAGCAGGCAUAGCACUAAGAGGCUGUUGUUUACAAUGACAUUCAAACACAUAAAUAGUGACCGGUCUAAUUGGUUUUGCACAAAAAAGUACACAAGAGGAAGGUUUAGAGCUUGGAUUAGAUUUUAUUUCUCUUAGGCCAAGAUCAUUACGUUUCAUCGUUACACCAUGUAAGAAUGAGGUUUAUCAGGACCACUAGUCUCAUACUAAUUCAUUACUGAUGGUGGCUGGAAGGUUGAGAGUCCAAAUCCCAGAGAGCCAUGACUCCGCCAUUAACCAAGACCCUCAGUUUACUCAGAUCUACACUCAGAUUGGAUUAAUAACCGAUAAAGUUAAAGGAACACCUUAGUUUUUUUUUUUUUUAAGCAUAAUCUCUCCAUCUGUAGCGUAUACUGUAUGUGAUUACUACAAACAAGAACUUAACGCCUAUUCAGAUUGGUUUACACUUACAUGGGGAUAAUAUAAUUAUUACCGGGGUAUGUUUGGGAUUUUAGUCGUGUCUGAAUCCGACGCUGGAUUUAUGCGUUCAGAAAGAACACGCUGUAUUUUAGCUUCUAUAAAAUGACCAGGAGAAAGAACCCCAGGUAAUAUAUUCUGUCUGAAUCGAUAUGCAAGUCCAUUAUAUCCAUCAUGUGGGAAGAUCAUCAUGUGCCACGCCCCCUACAACAUGCGCUUAUAAGGAUAGCACUCCCACACGUGGAUUUUUUUUUUUUUUAAUGCGAUAGUCAUGUGUACAUUUAUGAUUUAUUAUCUCCAUAGGAACUACCGAACGGCGGGGGGACCUAAUCCCAUCCGAACAGUACUUCAGAGACAUUUCCCUGUACUGACCAGAGAAAAGAAAAACUGUUCACUCCAAACUCGUAUUAAUGGAAGCCUGAGCGAGGUUGUUGAGUUCCACAAAUAUGUUUAAAAUAUGAACUCUCCAGUCAUCUCGAUAAUUAUUGGCACCCUUUGGUAAAGAUGGGUAAAACGGGUGGUUAUGAAAAAAAUGUUAUGUCCUCUUUGUGGUUAUGUCAUCUCACAAACACACAUGCAUGACAGAAAUCUAAGCUUUACUUGACGUACAUUUAUUCUAAGGAAAUAAAACCCUUAUCAAAAUGUAUUUUAGGUCAUUUUAAUUAUUGGCACCCAUAGAAAUUCUGAAGGUUGCGAACAUGACGUAAAUGAAGCGUGUUCGUAUUUAUAUUCAAUUGUGUAGCGCGAGACAGUAAGAAGCAAUUCCAGGUUAUUGUGUAACCGUAAAAUAACAGAUUUAUUGGUUGAAUUUAGUAUGUUUUUAGAUUUCCAUUAGAAGUGAGUUCUGAGAAAAUAGUUGCUCUGGUGGGUGGGUUUUUUUUUUUUCCCCCUCCUCAGUAACAAGUAACAUGUCAUUUGAGGUAAUCACUCUCUCUCUCACACACACACACACACACACACUACAGUGGUAAUACAUCGAGAUUACAUUGAAAAAUAAUGGAGUACCUUAUACUCCAUUACUCCAAAAUAAUACGUUGAGUUUGCAGAAGUCAAAUAUCGUGAAUAAGAGUUAAUUUUUGGCUCCCGGCCAUGAAAUACGGCUUGGUAGAAAUGCAACCGAAUAAAUGUUUACUGUCUUUAAUAUCUCCAAAACCACUCCCAAACCCCUGGGGUGCAAUUUGUUCAUAAUGAAUUUAGUGCCGUUGAUCAGAGUCCACACCAGCGGCCUGGAGCGAAUCGAUACUGUAAGAUACUCUUUGAGUAAUUUCUCUUAAGCUCACUGUGUGAUGGUUAGAAUCUAACCAAGGGAAAAAGAAAAAAAAAUAACACAGAGCCGCACUUGUACGACCACCAGAGUGGUGAAUCCAGAGGAACAGACGUGCGUUUCUUCCAUCAUGCGAGUCCACACUGUGCUUUCAGCUAACCAUCGUCAUGGAUGAUUAUUAUUUUUUUUAACAUAUGACGUUAAUAGCUUGUUCAGUUAUUCGGCGUUUGGAAACACUCGCAUUACAGUCGCUGUACGUGGUUGUGCAUUUUGACAUGCAGGAUAAUCAGUUAAGGACUAAAGAAACUUAUUUUUAUAAUAUAAAUGUGUGUCAGCAGUCUUUUUUUUUUUAAAUCCUGGUCUUUGUAUUAUUUUAAAAGAAUGCUUACUGCAUCUAAGCAAUAGUACUGAGGGAUGCUAUAGUGUGACUGAAUCAUCAACUUAUCAAUCAUUCCUCCUAAGUUCAGUCAUUUAUUCAGACCUAAGUGUAUUCUUAGUGUCAGAAACAACCAAAGAGCACAUUUGCAUACAGUAUGCAGCUAUACCUGAAGGUUAGGUCUGGAUUGUUUUGUUGUUGUUUUUUUUAAAAUAAUUAUUACAAUUAGGGGUGUGAUUGUACUGCUGUGGUGCAGGAUGUCACCUGGUUUUCAGUUUUACACCAAAUUAUCAUUGGCAUUAUGCAUUACGCAUGAAAUGUAUCCAAAUCCGUUCCCUGAAAAUGCUGAAAAAUACUUGCUUGAAACUUGAUUUCACAAUCUGUUCUGAAAUGCUUGGACCCCUAAAUCACUGCUUGCAGCUAUAUUUUUAUCCGAGCGCCAUUGUGGCAGUGUUAGGACAUUUAAAGUCAUAAUUAGUGACUAAUGUCUCAAAAACCAUUUAUAAUGGUUUCCGCAAUGAGCAUAUCAUAAUUAUUCACACCCUUUCACCCAUAGGAAAUGUGGUAUUAUUAAGAAACUUUGAGCUGAUUUUUUAUUUUUUUUUUAAAGAAAGGCUUGACAUCCUUCAGUGAAGACUCAAUCAUCAGUGUUUUGUAGGACUCGGAAAGAUGCGUCACUGAUUUGUCACUGCAGUUUUUUUGUUUUUCUAUACAGAAACAUGUCCUCCAGUCUAUUGAUCACCGUGACCUGUGCCUUCUCCAUAGGAGCUGUUCUUUUUUUUUUUCUUUCUUUCUUAUGUUUUUACGGAAAUGACCACAGUUGUCUUUAAUGGUGCGUUCACUUGUCCUUGUUAAAGACCAUGAGUGAUGCUGUAUUUUUGACAUACAGACUUACUAAGGUGAUAAAGAUUGUAUUGUAAGUACAGAGCUUAUAGGAAGCUAGACACCUUUUGAAAAUCAUAAACUGAUGUUGAGACCAAUCUUGAAACAUUUUCCAUUGGGAAUGAAUUCUAAAAUUGAAAGCAGUGCUGCCUGUGAAGUGAAUUAUAAUUGCAAGGAAACAAUGGCAAGACUUCGUUUCAUCCCCUAACCAACCCUCACCCCUUUGCUGAAACUAUAUACACACCUAUUAGGUUUUCUUUAUCUAUAUAAACUUCUUAAGUAAUAGUGGUGGAUCUGAGAUGAUCGUGGUUUUUUUUGUUUUGUUUUUUGGCUGGGGCCGGGGCUAAGGCCAGAAAUAUCCUGGCUGGAAAAAUGUAAACUUAAACUGAAGCUAGCCAAAUCCACUACAUAGGAAUAUCAGACAUUUUGUCUAAAGUAUCUCUGAAAUUGACUGAUUAUUACAGAUGUACAGUAGGUGCACUUGUAAAAAUGACAAAUUAUAUUUAGUUUUAAAAAAUUAUGCAAGUAAUUAAUAAUGUACCAAGACAGGUAUGAAACACCUGAUACACUCCUACAAUCUGUUGUACAGUAUCACCAGUAAGGAAGAGACCAGAAAGAAGACAAAUAUCUAUGCGUUUGAGGGUUGAUUUAGAAAAGUGUUAAAGUUCUGUCACUUAAACCAUUGAACCGAGUGCCAGAUCAGUAACUCUGAACCAAACCUACUAAAAAGGUGUCUACGUUUUCUGUAAGCACUGUACAGAUUGUACUGCACUUUUUACAAGAUGUUUUAUUGUAUUCCAAAUACUUUAGUCAUGAUAUUACCGAAACUUUGUAGAGCUGGAUUUUUUUUUUCUGAGUAAAUGAAGAAAUGACCUCUGAGGUUUUUGAAGGAGGCUAGGAAUUAAAAAAAAAUUCUUUAUUGCCUUUAUGAUAAAACCAGAACACAUUUAUUCUGAAAGUGAUUUUGUACAUUGGAAUAAAUAAAGGAA